AUGAGAAAGGCUCUACGUUGUUACGUUGAUAUCUUUUCCAGGUCGCGCCUGGGCGGGGUCAAAGUUCGCCACAGGAGACAGGCCCUGCAGGACAUGGCAAGACCCCUGAAACAUUGGCUGUACAAGCACCGGGACAACCCCUACCCAACCAAGACCGAGAAGCUGCUGCUGGCCCUGGGCUCCAACAUGACCCUGGUCCAGGUGUCCAACUGGUUUGCCAACGCGCGGCGACGCCUGAAGAACACGGUGAGGCGGCCGGACCUGAGCUGGGCGCUGAGGAUCAAACUGUACAACCAGUGUAUCCAGGGCAACGCCGAGAAGCUCAGUGUGUGCAGCGACGACUCUGAAGAUGAAGAAUGUCCCUUGGAGACUGCCGUCAGCCAGCAGUGUGACAUCAGCCGGUCCUCGUCCCUGAAACACGAAGAGGACAACCGGCUCCUCCGUCGGGCCGACUCCACCCACAGCGACGGCAGCCUCUCGCCGCCCUCCAAGUACAAGAGCGGCCUGCUGCACCGCUACCUCAGCGACCGCCGGCGGCCGGCGGGCACGCCGCACCCCGCUGACGCUGCCAAGGCCCGGCGCUCGCGGAGCCGCUUGGAGGAAUCGUUCAGCUCCGCCGAGGGCGAGCAGCAGGCGCUCUCUCCCGCCGGCUCCUCGGAGAUGGAGACAGAGUUUGUCUGCCACGUGGUCCAUAAACACGUCCUACACACUAGUGACUGGUUUUCUGGGAUUCUUUCUCUUUCAGACACAACCAACUGUGCCCCCACCCAACGUGAUCUAGAGCAGCAGCGGGGCCGAGGCCAGCAGGAGAGGGAGGGCUGGGGAGAGAUCCACGCUGCCAUGGCUCUGACCAACCUGGCCCAGGGCCAGCAUUUGUGUCUGUCCCCCAGCACCCCAGGACAGAGCUGCACCGGGGGACCUACCAGUAGCGCAAUUACCAAUAGUGUAGGCAAGGCCUGCACCCUGGGCCCUACCGGAGGCCCGUGGCAGAGCUGCACUGUGGGCUCCAUUAUCAGCGUGGGAAACACCCUCACCAGACGCAUCAUCCAGAAGUCUUCUCACAUCCUUGAAAUCCAGACGGUCAAGCUAGCCCUGGCUAACGGAGUGUAGCAGUUGGUUAGCUUGGCCCAUGCUAACAGCUUUAAGCUGUUGGUCAGGUUCGCCCUCGCUUAUAGCAUUUAGAUGUAUUGUCUCACGUCAAGGUUUAUCAUUUUAUGUACAGGCAGGAAUGGAAAACACUCCUUCUUGCGUCUUGAUUAAUAUUGUUAAUUUCUAUAACAUUAUUAAACUUUGAUAUCUUUAAAUUGUAAAAUGAAAUGUUCUGCAGUUUUAUUUUUCUUCCAUUUCUCUCUGAUAAUGUAAGUUAUAUUAACUUUUCACGAGACUGGAAUGUUAUCCAAUGAUAAACUUAUACUUAAAAGGUACAAUUGUAAUAAACAAAUUGUGAAAACAAUCUGCAUGGUUAGCCUUUAUGAUUCAUGAUCAUUAUGAUCCAGCCCCAUGUCAAUACCAUCUUACAGUAACAGCUUUUUUAAUUAAUCAGGGCACUAUGCUGCAGUCGUAAACGAAAACACAAAUACAUUAGUAAGCAUAUAAGGACUCUAGUUGUAGAUAGUUGACUCUUUCUUAAAACAUUUAGUUCUUUA